UUUACUUAGUUCUAGAAUAAUAAUAUUAAUAAAUUGAUAAUAACAAUUUUAAAAGUAUAGACAUUACAUUUCAGUUUUUAGUUAUUUUUCAGAAUUGCACUUAUUGUAAGAUGUGUAUUAUUAGAAUUCUCAAUCUGAGUAAGGGAGAUGGUUGAAUUAUGAAAUGUAACUAGAAAUAAAAAUAAUAAUUUCUCAUUUAUUACAUUUGUUUGUUCAAUUAACAUUACUAUUUUAUCAGUAUCCAACACAUAACCAAUACAUCUAUCAAUUUAUCAAAAAACCAUGAUACAGGUUACAGAUUUAUCUUUAUCAUUGUGUACUCCCAGUGAAUGGCGUCCCUAUGUAUGCGACAAACCUGGCUGUGGCCGAGGAUACAAAUAUAAAAGUGGACUCUUCAGACAUGUAAAAUAUGAAUGUGGUAAAGAACCACAAUUCCAAUGUAUAGUCUGUCAUAAAAGAUUUACACAGCAGCAAUCACUCAAAUCACAUAUGAUUUAUAUUCAUGGCUUUCCUGUUUAUAAUAAACCAAAGAAUGUUGAAAACAAUUUGACUUAAUAAUUAUUUAAGUUAAAAGUGCUUAUCUAUAAGAAUAUAUUUUAUUAAGUUGUAAGCAUAUUAUA